GGGUUGUCGUGUGUGCGCUGUCUGUGGUGCUGAAGCUGCGCGUGCCUCUGAGGCUGCUACCAUAGAGAUCCACCCGAGCAUCCUUCACAACCAGGAACCUGUUUUUCUCCAGGAUGUUCCUAUGAGUCUUUUUAAAUUAGUUUUAACUGCAGCGAUUCUUUAAACUAAUCUACUCAGAGACGCCGUUUUUCUUGGCUGUUUUUCUUCUUUUUUUCCCCGAGGCUCUCUCCGCCUGCCCCGCCGUCUCUGCCGCUCCAUUCCCGCAUCCUUUAUGCACAGCACGCUGCUCCGGUCCUCCCCUACAAAACACACCUUCGUGCCCGAGCACCAUGGCCCGCUCCAGCCGCUUUCACUGAGAGACAUGGAAGCCAAGCAACACCAGAUAAAGAGCCUGAAAAGCUACCCGGAGACCGGCGGCCGAAGCCUGGCGGCGGCCGCCGGAGGAGACGGAGGAAGCGGCGGAGGGUAUCGAGCCGGCUCCGCUGAAAUGGAGAUGGAGACGAAGAUCCAGAAAGCCAUCGACUUCAAGGCGGAGGGUCACCGAUGCUACAAGGAGAAGAAAUUUCGGGAAGCGAUAGGCAAGUACCACCGGGCGCUGCUGCAGCUCAAAGGGGUGCAUGUUGUCGACGGGACGACGGGCUCCGAGGUCAACCUGCUGAGUCAAGCCGCGGCCAAGCUGACCGAGGAGCAGCGGAGAGCCGUGGAGAGCACCGAGAUCGAGUGCUACGACAGCCUGACAGCGUGUCUGUUGCAGUCUGAGCUGGUAAACUACGAGAGAGUGAAGGAGUACUGUCUGAAGGUGCUGAGCCAUCAGAGAGACCACUUCAAGGCCAUGUACCGGGCCGGCAUCGCCUUCUAUCACCUGGGUGACUACGAAUGUGCCCUACGCUACCUGCGUGACGCCAAGAACCGCGAACCCACAGACACCAACGUGCUGCGAUACAUCCAGCUGACAGAGAUGAAGAUGAGUAAGAGUGGACAGCGGGAGCGAGAGAGCGGCAAAGAGACCCAGGGCUAACCUUCCACCUUUUCACCAUCCCGACUCCUCCCACAUUUGACCCCUUCGAGCUGUCCUCCAGUGACCCUCCCUCUCUUCACCUCCUCUAAUCCCCUAUUGACUCCUGACAGCAGCACAGACAGAAGAAACCCAAUCGCCCGCCUGUGAUGAACAAAAACGGGACACAUAUCAAGCGCUGUCUGCAACCCACCCUCCUCUUUUUCCUCCUCUUUGCUCCUCUUUUCCCCCCAUUUCUCCCUCAGGUGCUGUGGUUCCUCUCCCUAGGCGCCGUCAGCAAGCAAACAUGAAAAAAAACAAAACAAAAGAAAAAUCCAUAAAAAACAAGGAGGAUGCUGUAUUAUACUCAUAUGAAACCGUCAUUGUGGUGGAAUGAAAAAGGAGCUUCAAAACAUACAUAUGAAUAUUGGACAUUUGCGUGAUUUAGUAAAUGUUUUAAACGCAUAAAAUGCAUUUUUGUUUCUGCUCUCUCUUUUUCUCUCUGCCUUCUCUCUCUCGUUCUUAUUUCGUACUCUUGAGGAGAAUAUGGGGGUUGGGAAGCUCGACCACACCGGGAGGAGGGCUGGGGGUGUGUGUUGCUGUGUGCAGUCAGUUUAAAGCUUAAUUAGAGGAUAGCAAGGGUUGUGUGUGUGUGCGCGACACAUCAAGACUACAGCCCAAUUUGAUUGUACAUCCAAACCCAACAGGGCUCACUCAGGCCCCUUGGCCCAGACUAUGGGGCUGACUAGCACCAGAAACCUUUCAUCUAGAAGAGAAAAAAACCUGCCUCUGUGCUUAGUCUACCACUGUCUCACUUUGCUUUCCUGGAUGCCAUGUAUCUCAGUUUCUAGACUGUUUUUUCAAUUCAAGGGCUAAUUCAAGUGUUUGUAAUCCGUCAUUAGGGUUUUUAAUUUGCUGUCAUACUCAGUAGUAAUCGGCCGUUAAUCGCAUCUGCGUGUGCAGCAAAGAGACACAAUUUUUUCCAGCGGUUCUUGCUGUAAUCAGGUGCGCUGUUGUGGAAACUGGCAUGUCUCGAAUCCGUUGCCCCUCCUGAGUCGUGUUAAUGUUAUUGAGACUGUCGAGGCCCCUCCCUCCUAUCUACACCUUCUGUCCUCCCGUUAAUGAUGUCAGAAGAUAGCCAGUGAGGUCGGAGUUCCAUCAACCGCCGUUGGCUCGGUGGAGAGCCGCUCUAAAGUUUUCUGGCGAGAAAAAACACUUUGACAAAUCCAAAACGGAGGUCCAACCUUUUAUCGCUAAUGCUGAAGCUUCCCAGACGUCGAUACGACACUGAGGAGACUCUGGGCAGCGUUAGUGCAGGGAAAACAAUCACACACAUCUGUCCUGACAGUCCAAAACCACCAUCUUGGAGCACUCAGCUUUAGUGCACUUCGACAUGAGCGAGCCAUUUGAGAUUUCUCCUGCUUACGGUUUAUUGACAGAUAAAAACAUCUCUGAAUAUUGUUCCCAGCUGCGUGGACAGAAAACACUCAACAUUAGCAUUAGACGCUACUGACGAUAUGGUUUGUGGAUAUCCAUUACUAGCUGCCAAACGCUGCCGCUGCUUCUCUUGUGACUUGUGGAGCUGAAUCAUUGAUAAUGCAAACAUUGCUUUUCUAAUAGCUUUACCACAGGCGUAACUUUGCCUUCCCUGUUCUGCAGAAGGUUGGAUUGAUAAUUUGUGAAAGCAUGACCUGAAUUUCCCUUGUCUCUGGUGCCAUGAAACCCAGUUUCCUCUUUCUCGUGUGCAAGCCCACCUCCUGCAUGAAAUGUGCGGCUCCAGAGAGUAACUUCAGAUGUUUGGGAUAGGGAUCAUAUCUGCUCUAUUGCUUUCUGUCAUGGCAUGCUGCCACUAAACUGUUUGCUCAUACCUCUGUUUUAUCCAUUCUGCCCUUUAUAAACACAGAAGGUGGUGACAGACUGUGAUCACAGCAGUAGAAUAGGUAUCAAAUAAUUCUUGAAUUAAAAAGGGGGUCUUUAAUAAUUUAGAGUCACCUUCUGGCUUGGCCGAGGUGACGGAUUCUUCCACUGCUUAAGAAAUUCAAAAAGACGUGGAGGAGGAAAUCAAAUCAAAGAAAGAUGCUGGGAAAAGAUCCCCCCCCUCCUCUCCCUGUUUAUUUCAUUGACCUGCUAUGAGGUAAAUGGGGACGUAAGUGUGUCAAUGGGACUCUGGAGAGACGGCACCAUGCAUUAAAGGGACCGGCAUGAUACAGAGAGACUCCAGUGGAGGGAGAAGUAGGUCGGCCCAGUAAAGCAGCUGUGGCAGAUAAGUUUAGAGCUAAUUUAUCAUUAUACACUAAAUUACCAAACAUAUGUGGACACAGGAGUGCACACCCAUAGUUGAAUCUGGUGAUAAUCUGCUGCCAUGACAGGAUUUCCACAAGAUUCAGGAACCUGGAUGAUGGAAUAUGAUCACCAUUCAGCCACAAGAUCGUUAUUGAUGUUCGGCAAUAAGGCGGCGUGUCGGAUGUGGUGGAUGUUUCUAUGUAGGCAAGUCAAGUUGUUCCACAUUAAACCAGGAAAAAUAUUUCUGUAUGUCAUAUUGCAAGCUGUAGUAUUAGGAUUAUAAUAGGGUGUUUGACCAAAAUCACGAAAAAACUGAUCAAAAGUACACAAUAUUACAGUAAGUGGUUUGUAGAGUGCAGGUUAGAAGUACUAAAUAAAUAAAAAAAGCCAAUCACACAACCAGCUUAGUGGCUUUUCAAAAUAAAAACACCUUGAAUCAAAUAAAAAUGACCAUCAAAAAAUGCUUUUAUUGUGAAAGGAUUAAAUAUUUCCAGUUUUCCAUUAGGUUGUUUAUUUUAUUUUUUUUACAUUAUUCAUAUUUCUGUUAUAAUAACUGGUUUGUCUGUUUAUUAUUAGACACUGAAGGUCUUGAAUGAAUGAAUGGAUGAAUGGUUUAUUUCAGUUACAAUAUUACAGUACAUUAAUUUCAUUUUGUGCAUUUAAAUAACAGAAUUAUUAUACGUUCUUACAGUAAACAUUUUUUUCCUUUUUCCUUCCGCUCCCUUUUCUUCCUUCUCUCUUCCUUUUAUCCCUUCUCCUUUCCUCUCUUCUCUUCCUUUUCCUUCCCCCUUUCCCUCUCUUUUCCCUUUUUUUCUUUCCUCCUUUCUUCUCGUUUCCCUUUCUUUUUCCUUUUCUUCUCUUCCCCUCCUCACAAAAAAAAAAAAAAAUUUUACAAGCUCUGUAACCAAAAAAGGAAUAGGCUGAAACUGAGGCUUAUUUUGCCUAUCCUGUACAAAAAAUAAAAUAACCCAGCAUAUCAGUAAUACAAGAAAUAAAGGACAAAAAGAAAAAAAAAAACAAGAUUUUACUCAAAAUUAAUUGUUCUUAAUCAUUUCACAUAUAAUGUUUUCAUGCAAGGGUGUCCACAUACUUUUGGCAAUAUAGUGCCGAGAAUAAUUGGCAUCUCAGUGAUAUCUGUAAUUCUUAUGAAUUGUGUUAAAGUAAAGACCUUUCUGAUUGGAUGCAAAUUCAGUGAACAUGAACCAGAAGACUGAGUCAGUUAGGGUGAAAACAUCGUCUGCAGAAGCCCUCCUCACUCUUGAUGUGCGUCUCUACUCUGUGUUUUCUUUCCAUGACUCCUUGUUUCCCUAAAGGAGGUAAAGCAACACAACAACGAGGAGCGGCACCUGCAGGCUCGGUCUCCAUGGCUGCCUGGGCUGUCUCCUCACCCACGGGCCCCUCGAGGAUAGGUCUCCCUCCCGAUGGUCGUCUCUCCAUGGUGCCAGUCUGCCACCUUGUUUUUGUCUCGCUGUGCUACGUCGUUCGAGCUCGACGUGUGCUACGACCGUCUAGGGAUAACUAGCUGCACAUAGAACAGGUUUGUUUCUGGCCAGUGAGUCGUCUUGAUUAAGGACUCCGAGGCUGUUAUUGUGAUCCGACAACAUGCUGUGUGUGCGUAUAGAGACAGAGACACCGGAUCUCUGCAUCAGUGUAGCUUUGAAAACACUAAAAGCACAACAAAAAACAUAGAGACGGAAAAGUUAAAAACUACUGGCUGUGUUCAUUUAUUUUUGCUCUUUUUACUUUGAUGUCAUUUGAGGUAAAUGUUUGUCAAAUGUCAAAGUAGUUUUUGUGAAUAUAUGAUACAAAUGUACAAAAAAAAUAAGAAAAAUGGAAAGUUUUAUGGUUGUGAAAAGCUUUACUUUAUUGAAUUACUUUAUCAAAGCAAGAGAUAGAAAAGAGAAUUUUACUAUAGCGGUUCCACGGAGCUGCUUCGUGACUGUGUCUGUAUUUGUUGGUAUUUCUGUUGAUGUCCCUUUUCGUCGAGGGAUCCAGAGAGCGUGCAAUGCCCUUCGACCCCUCCAUCCAACCGACCAUUCGCCAGACUCGUCUGUCUCUGUACAGUAAGACGAUUGGUAAACACAGGAAUGGAUGAGAACUCUGAGGAACUCGUGGUGGAGCCACAGGCCUCCAUCCUGUUUGUUUCUGUGCUGACAUGAAGGACAUGAAGGUGGGGACGGCAAGGCUAAGACCGUGUUUUUGUCUCGCCUCGCUCCCAAGAGGCCUUUUUUCCAUUCAACAUCCAGACAUCCGACUAGCCUCCAUCACUGGUUUUACUGAACUGCUAGCCCGGGAAUGCACUAUUGAUUGGUAAAUGAAGAUUCUGAAUAAAGUUUCAAACAAAGUGAAA